AUGGUUUCUAAUGUAGAGAAUAUCGUUAGAAAACGAUGCACCACUCCUUACCAUUGGGGCAGUGGUGGGCAAAAUAAAUCCACCGACAAAGAGACUUCCGAUCAAACGCUGGACAGAAAGAACAGAGUGCUCGCCAAACGUUGCGCUGCUGGUAAUGUGGAUGAUGAGGAAGGUGCCGAUGCUGACAAAAACUGGAGAAAUGGGUCGCCGGUUCGCUUUAUUCGGGGAUGCGGCGCGCACGCUCAAGACAAUACCGGCUACGCAUCAAAGAAGGCUUUCGGUACGAUGGGAUCUACGGGCGAUUAUACGAUCACCUUCCACUCUGUUUUGGCUGUAUGGAAAUCAAACCCAGACUACUGGCAGCAGGGCUAA